GCCCGCCGGGUUGGUGCCUGAGGUGGCGGCGGCGGCGGCUCCCGGCUCGUUCCUGCGGRGCCAGUCCGCUCCGCCCUCCCCGAGAUGGCGGCCCUGGCUGUAAACAAGGCUGGGGCCGGGCCGGAGGGCGGCCGCGGACCCAGCGGUGGCGGUCGCGGCCCGGUGGGCGCUGCGGUAAAGGUUCUUGAGUGUGGAGUCUGUGAAGAUGUAUUCUCUUUGCAAGGGGACAAAGUUCCCCGGCUGCUUUUGUGUGGUCAUACUGUCUGCCAUGACUGUCUUACCCGGCUUCCCCUUCACGGCAGAGCUGUUCGUUGUCCUUUUGAUCGACAAGUUACUGAACUAGGAGAUUCUGGUGUCUGGGGACUGAAAAAGAACUUUGCUUUGUUGGAACUCCUGGAACGGUUGCAAAAUGGACCUCCUGGACAGUAUGGGACAGCAGAAGAAGGCAUUGGUCUGUCUGGAGAGAGUAUCGUUCGUUGUGAUGAAGAUGAAGCACAUGUKGCAUCCGUGUAUUGCACUGUUUGUGCCACUCACCUGUGUGCAGACUGUUCCCAGCAUACUCAUUCUACUAAGACUCUAGCGAAGCACAGGCGUGUACCUCUUGCUGAUAAGCCUCAUGAGAAGACGAUGUGCUCCCAGCACCAAGUGCAUGCCAUUGAGUUUGUUUGUUUAGAAGAGGGCUGUCAGACAAGUCCUCUCAUGUGUUGUGUCUGCAAAGAAUAUGGGAAGCAUCAAGGUCAUAAGCACUCUGUCUUGGAACCAGAAGCAAACCAGAUCCGUGCAUCCAUUUUAGACAUGGCUCACUGUAUAAGAACUUUCACAGAAGAAAUCUCAGAUUAUUCUAGAAAAUUGGUUGGAAUUGUCCAACAUAUAGAAGGAGGAGAGCAAAUAGUUGAAGAUGGCGUUGGAAUGGCCCAUACUGAACAUGUACCAGGAACUGCAGAGAAUGCACGCUCAUGUGUUCGAGCUUAUUUUUCUGAUCUUCAUGAAACCCUUUGUCGUCAGGAGGAAAUGGCUCUUAGUGUUGUUGAUGCUCAUGUCAGAGAGAAGUUGAUUUGGCUUAGGCAACAGCAAGAAGACAUGACCAUUCUCCUGUCACAGGUUUCAACAGCUUGCCUUCACUGUGAAAAGACUUUACAACAAGAUGACUGCAGAGUAGUGCUGGCCAAACAGGAAAUUACAAGAUUGCUAGAGACAUUACAGAAACAGCAGCAGCAGUUUACAGAACUUGCAGAUCAUGUACAGCUGGAUGCUAGCAUACCUGUCACUUUUACAAAGGACAACAGGGUACAUAUUGGACCAAAAAUGGAAAUUCGGGUUGUUACUUUAGGAUUAGAUGGAGCUGGCAAAACAACUAUUUUGUUUAAGUUAAAGCAAGAUGAAUUCAUGCAGCCAAUUCCAACAAUAGGUUUUAACGUUGAAACAGUGGAAUACAAGAAUUUAAAGUUUACUAUUUGGGAUGUAGGAGGAAAGCACAAAUUGAGGCCUUUAUGGAAACAUUAUUAUCUCAAUACGCAAGCGGUGGUGUUUGUUGUUGAUAGCAGUCACAGAGACAGGGUCAGUGAAGCAUACAGUGAACUUGCAAAAUUGUUAACAGAGAAGGAGUUGCGGGAUGCCUUGCUCUUGAUCUUUGCUAAUAAACAGGAUGUAGCAGGUGCCCUUUCAGUGGAAGAAAUCACGGAACUGUUGAGUCUCCACAAACUCUGCUGUGGCCGWAGCUGGUACAUUCAGGGUUGCGAUGCCCGAAGUGGUACAGGACUUUAUGAAGGAUUGGACUGGCUUUCGAGGCAGCUAGUGGCUGCUGGCGUCCUGGAUGUGGCUUAACUUUACAUCAGCUGCAAUUUAAUGUUGUAGUUUAUGGUUUUGUUUCAUUUUGUUUGCACGAUUUAGGGUAUUGUUGCCAGGCCUGCUCUCUGAAGAGGGGACUUUUAUUUAAGUUGGUUGUUACAGAAAAAUAUAAACCUUUGUCCUAGAUUGGAUAACUGGUUCAGUAAACUUGCRUCAUUAUAGUGUUUUUGAAACGUGAAACAUUGACAAAUAGUGGGAAUGGAGGAGUGUUACAAGGAUGCUUUGAAAGUCCUUUUGGUGAUAUUGUUUCAAUUUUAAAAUUUUCCCUGAUAAAAUAURCAUUGAUUUUCAUAUAAUUAAUGAGCUUACAGUUGUUAACUGGUGUUACAAAAAUUCUGAGUAGUUUACAAAUACUUUCCCAUUAAAUUAUUCCAAAAUCAAUCUCAAAUUUAUUAGAACAGCCAGCUCUAUUAGUUAGAAAUAAAUGGUGCUACUCUUUGAUAUCUAAAGAAUCUAUAAAUCUAAACGUGACUUUGAAAUUUACACRGAGGUACACCAUGUAAAGAAAAUGCUUCCCAUGUUAUUGUUUAUGUUCUCUUAUUAACCUCCUUGUUUGUUACAGGAAGGAAGCGUAACUGCACAAAGAAAACUCAGAAUGGAGAAAAUUGUUGCAGAGCAAGAGGGCUGUGGCAUUGUUCAGCAACCUGAACAAUGUGGGGGCCAGGGGUUAGUUGGCUUUUUCAUGCUGAAUUAUUUAUGGUUACACCAUAGUGAUACUGAGGUGAAAGUGUUUUGUGUAUACUUGGGGACAUAAUCUGCCUUUAGAGAUUAAGUUUACUCCUCAAGAAGGCAAAUUAAAUUAAAAA